AUGAUUGAUCAGUCUGAGGUGAUGCUUGUUCGAGAUCAGUUUGAGGUGAGCGUGACUAUUAGCUUUACGUGUAAUGUGUACAAGAUACUCCGGAUAAUGAUAUUUUCUGGCACUUUAUCCUUAGCAGAAAUGGCUUGGGCAGAAUACUCUGCUGCCUUCGUGCACUGCAUGACUGCACUGAUAAUCACGCAUGAAACAACACCGACGUCAUUCUUCUGCCACUACUACCGGUCACUAGCCUAG